AUGUCGGACAAAACACCACGUCGCACGUCGCUGCACGUUGAAGCGCAUGGCGGCCGUCUGUGGCUCCACGGCCGCCCGUUCGUCAUCAAAGGCGCGAGUUACUUUGGCAUGGAGAGCGACAUUGGCGUGCCGCAUGGACUCUGGGGCGGUCCGCAGUCCACGACGAUCGCAAACGUCGCGCAACUGCUGCGGUCGCACCGCUUCAAUGUCCUGCGCGUCCCUUUUGCAGUCGCAGCCGUUGCAACAAACAGUGCCAUCGAUCGGUCGAAACUAUGCAACGAAACGGCUCUUCUGGAGGCGUUCCACGGACGCGACGCACUGCGGUACUUGGACGUUCUGGAUCACGUCGUGCACGAGUGUGCGCGGCACGAGCUCCUGGUGCUCCUCGAUGCGCACGUGAUGCAGCUUGGGGCUGCCAUAUCGGACUUGUGGUACAAUGACAGUCAAGAGUGCUCACAGGAUCUGGUCGAGCAGGUCUGGACCACGCUGGCAACGAGGUAUGCGAACCAGUGGAACGUGCUGGGGGCGGACUUGAACAAUGAACCACAUGGAGACGCCACGUGGGGCACACACGACGUUGCGACAGACUGGAGACUUGCGGCCAUGAAGUUGGCCGACGCCGUCUUGACAGUGUGUCCUCAAUGGCUCAUCUUUGUGCAAGGAGUACAGACAACAGGUUGUGACUCGGCGGAGACACACGAGAUGCCGUGUUUCUGGGGAGAGAAUUUCCAGGCUGCAGCGCUGCAUCCUGUACAGCUUCGCGUGGCGAAUCGGCUCGUGUAUUGUCCGCAUACGUACGGCCCAGCAGUGUCGUGGCAGCCGUAUUUUGGCGCCGCGGACUUUCCAGAGAAUAUGCCGUCGGUGUGGGAUCGCCACUUUGGGUUCUUGAAGCAGCAGUCGGAUGUGCCGCUAGUGAUCGGGGAAUGGGGAGGGUGUUGUGAGAAUGCAAAAGACUGGACGUGGCAAAAGCGCUUUGUCAAGUACUUGCACGACAGUGGCGUCAGCGGUGUGGUGUACUGGUGUGUGAAUCCCAACGGCAGUGACACGGAUGGACUCUUGUGCGCGGACUGGCGUUCACCCAACACUAGAGCUUUUGAGCUGCUGUCACGCUUUACUGGGACCCCGUUGCCACCUUCUCAUUGUACAACGUGA